AUGAUAAAGGCUGUAAUGGUGAGGUGCUACCUUCUGUGUUUAUUAACUCUUGCAGUCUGUUGUGCUUCUGGGUUAGUAUGGGCUGAUAGUCCUAAAGCUUCUGAUGUCCUAAUUAAAACUUCCACUGUUGGUAUUCCUUCUCUUGUUCGUCAUGCUAUACCUGCGGGGGGAGACGAUUGGAUAGUGAAUGUGGAUGGGGAUGGUGAGGAUGCGCGUGAAGAGGGGCAGAAAGGAGAUUUGAUGAAAGAACCUAAAGAAGGGGAAGGUGUUUCUCGUGAUAGUGAGUUG